AUGCCCAGCCAGGGCUACGAGAGGGUAGCCGCCCAGGACGAGGAUGAAUCUCCCCAGAGGUUGCAGGCUGGUCAGCAGUGGCCGCCUGCAUCGCCGCCACCGUCAUUCCACUCGCGCGCAUCAUCACCAAGCGGCACAUCACGACGUCUGUUAUCCGAGGAUCCCGCACCAAACGAGGAAGACCGCACACUCGCCGACACGUUUGACUCGGAUUCCGACGACGACGACGAUAACGAUGGGCGCGAUGAUCGGCAGCGGCUGAUGCGGGGAACACCCAGGACAGAAGACGAGCCCGUGGCUCCGGGCAUCCAAAGGAGAGUGACGGAACUGCCAGUCUUCAACACACAGGCGCCGAGCAGCGGACGCGUCUAUGGCGGAGGCAACGGUGGUGUAUGGGCUAAUCUGAGCGCAAAGCCGACCAGAGGGGAGGACGCUGAGGAGAAGCCUCCGACCUACGAACAAGCCGCCGCAGACGCCACACCACCCUACUGGGAAACCACCAUCCUCGCUCCCGGCACUUUCGGCGAUGAAGUCUUCGUCGAAGGUCUUCCCGUCGGCUCCCUCUUCAGUUUCCUCUGGAACGCUAUGAUCUCCAUGUCCUUCCAACUCGUCGGUUUCCUCCUCACCUAUCUGCUCCACACUACCCACGCUGCAAAGAAUGGAUCCCGCGCUGGUCUCGGUAUCACACUCGUACAAUUCGGUUUCGGUUUCCGCUCCGCCGUACUUAGUCCGAACAACGGCAGCAAUGAUAAUCCUGGGCAGGGAUUCGACGGUGGCGUUCCGAACGACCCAAACGCCCACGACUUUGACCCCAACAAGGUUGGCAGUGGAAGCACGGGUGGCAGUGACAUGACACCCGCCGCGAGUGCCAUUACAGGCAGUGACUGGAUAGCAUACGGACUGAUGAUUGUCGGCUGGUUCAUCCUGAUCAAGAGUGUGUCCGACUUCAUCAGAGCAAGGCGGCAUGAACAACUCGUUCUCCAGUCUCCAGACCGGGGGUUGGGCGUGGCUGUUGUCGCCGAGGGUGAAAGCCCAGAGCGCAGUGUAUAA